CAAGAACCUAUACCUCACAAUCAAGAAGCGAGCACAAAGAAAUCAAAUUGGUUUAUACUAGCUCGUAAAAACGAUAUUGGAUAUUGGAUACCACUGUAACCUUGCCAGCUUUACAAUAGCAAGGUUAAGCUGCAUGCGGUACAUAUUGAGAGGCCUUUCUCAGAAUAACAUUUCCUGUCGCCAAAUUCACAAUGGAACUUCCACCGUUUGAUCUAUUAUGGAGUGCAUCUGAAAAACUUAGUGAAUUAGAAACAGCUCUUGAAGAACUAGAUCAAACCAAACUGUUCACAGAUGUUGGUAGACGUAGGAGAAGGCGUAGAAAUGGAGGCUUAUAUGGUAUGGGUUUUGAGGCGGAAGAUCGUGAUUAUUACAAACCUGUGGAAGUAUGCUGUGAUAUUGCCUUCUACACUGAAGAAGAAUACAGAAAGCAUUUAGAUGGUCAUAUUGAAUGCCCUGUUGAAGGAUGUUCAUUCACAGCGCAUCAAAAGGCAAUGCGUAUCCAUAAAGAAGUGGUUCAUGAUAGUGGUCUAUUCGAUACAAUCUAUCGUCAAACAUGUGAUAAGUCUGUACAAAUUUGGAGAGAAAGUCGCAAAAGAAACUACCCAACUUUGGAAAGAGUUGAAGCUAAAAAAAAACUUGUCGAAGGACGUAUAGAAAGAGGACAGAUAUUUGAGACACCUAAAUUCGGGUCUAUGAAUAAACCCAAUUCAAAUGUCCUGCGUCGGUCUGCUGUCAGUGUAUCAUCAAAAUCAAUAUUGCCUAAUAAGACUCCGACUUCAGCUGGUAAGGAUAAUGCUAAGCCCACAGAAUCACAUACAGUGGAUGAUUUAUCAACAGCGGAUAAUGCUAGCCAAGAAUGUGAUAUUAUACGCUUAGUUCCUAUGGAUUAUGAUAGUGAGAAUACAGAUAGUGCAAAUUCACCUGUAAAAGAUACAACUGUAUCUGAUGCCAAAGAAACAAUCACAGAAUCAGUACAGAAGUCAAAUGAUAAGCUGGCUAGUCGACGUCGUAAGCGAGGAAGACGACAAAGAAAUAAAAAUACCAUGGAUGUUAAAACAUGUACAAGCAAUAAAGGAGAAGAAGAAGAAGUGAAUACUGAUUCUAAAAAUGAUCCUUUCGCAUCGCAUCCAUUAGUGAAACUGCAAACAAAACGACGACAAUGCCUAAGUAGUAUCCAUAGUAUACACAGUCGACCUACACUGCUUCAAAUGUUGUUGGCAGAAGAUAUUCGCAAAGAACGUAAUCAACUUAUGCAGUGUAUACGGUAUAUUGUGAAUGAAAAUUUUUUCCAAGAACAACCAACACCACAAGCCCGUGAUAAUUGUGAUAUUUAAACCCUGAUCUAAUUGGGGGGAAAAAAUGCAAAAAAAAAUUAUAUGCUCAGUUGAAUCACUUUUGUAUAUUGUUUAUAAAGAAAUAAUUGUUAAUUGUUUAUGUUCACUUUUUCAAUAAAUCCCCUAUUAGGUCUCCAUUGUGGAUCAUCAGAAUUAGCAUGGGGUUUUUUCGGCGGACGACACGAUUUACUUACGGGCCAGACUGAUAUUACUUUCUUUUUCACAUGACAUAAUCGGAAUCCUUUACGUCGUUUUCUUUUUCCGACUCGCCGACGUACAGGCGCUGUGGAAGGUUGGAGGACUAAUUUCUUCUCAGGUGGUUUGAAUUCACUUGAUCCGUCAACUGCCUGUAAUUCUGAAACGACAACUUGGUUAUUUGAUUCGCUUAUUGUUGUACCACUUUGUUCGGAUUCGAUUACUGUUCUUGGUUUAUUACGCAUUGCCGGUAAAUGAACCAUGUGCCACCAACGAAAACAUUGUGCUGAACAAAGCCGAGGGAAUUCUGAGCACGCUGCACAAACCAUGGUAACUAUCGUUUCAGUUUGCACGUGAUUUCUUAGUCUACAGGUAAUACAAUCCGUGUUGUCAUUGUCGACAUGAAUAGGAACACCAUCAAGAAGCAUAACUUCACGAAGAGAUUCUAUAGAUAUUAAUUUGUGUUUAUUAUUUAAUGAUUUGCAUGCUUCCUCUGAAGUGGAAGUACUUGGUGUAAGCGUUUCACGCAUACUACUCGUUUGACUGGUAGGAGUAGGAGGUUCUGUAUUAUUGGCUUCCUGGUUUGACAGUUCACACAAAUGCUGAUUGUCAUUCAUUGCCUCC